GGAGUAGUAGAUUUAUUGUCGUUCACACACCCCAUUACUGUACAGUUUAAUGAGAAUGUCAUUGGGUUUGGAAUUAGGCCACCUGUGAGGGUGCUGUGGCUGAUCUGGCAUCAUCACCUGAUAAAUAUCAUCAUCACCCAACCCUAUCUAUAAAACCAGCAGGUUCCUGCAUGCAUCUUGAAAAUCAUAAUAAUCGAUGUGUGUUUUGCUUUGCUUGAAGAAUGGACACAAGGUUGUUUGGGUGCCUGUUAUUGCUGCUUUUCUUGGUUUCUCAGGAAAUAAUGAUGAACAGUGCUGAAGCAGCACUCUGCCAGGCACCUAGCCCAGAAUAUAGAGGUUUAUGCUUCCUGGACAGCAACUGCAAUGCCAUCUGUGUAAAAAAUGGUUUCCUUUUUGGGGGUUGCCAGGGAUUUCGACGCCGCUGCAUGUGCUCCAAGGACUGUGGUGGUGGUGGUGGAGGAGGAGGAGGAGAUCCCAAUACUCCCCCAGAGGAUCCCAAUACUCCUCCAGCUCCAGCCCUCCGGAAGCUCCCAGUACUGCCUAAUAACGUGUAGUGGUUUUUAUUUAUGAAUUCCAAUCCAGAGAAGACAACAAUAAGUAAAGCUUUCAUGUAGAUCUGAGGGGUGAUUAAUUUAUAUGUAUUAUGAUCUCUU